CGUCAAAACAUCGAAGGACAAAAAAAAAAAAAAAGAAAAAGGAAAACACCGUGAAACGUCCUUCUCCCUUUCCUUACCCCGUCAAUCUCUGCCUCUCUUUUAUGUUUCUGCACGCCAAACCAAACCCCAAAUCUAGAAUUUUCUUAAAAUCUAAAUCUAAAUCCUCUGCUCUAAAAUUUCUCUCUGCCUCUUCCUAAACUUGGCCAAUCAAAUCCCCAAAUAAAUCAGCUCUCAACUCCACCCAACGCCCAUUCUCGUAUAUCCUCCAAAGCAUCUCUCAACUGCAAUGUCCUCCUCAGCUCCACCCAUCCUCCCAAUCUCCACCGCUCAAUCCGCCGAAUCCCAACCACCAGUUGCCACCCCUGUAUUUCGCUCUUUUAUCUCCCAUCUGAAUGAUUCCCUCCGCAACGGCCUCUCCCAGCGCCGUCCCUGGGCUGAACUUGUUGACCGCACCGCCUUCUCCAAGCCUGAGUCCUUCUCUGAAGCCGCCCUCCGUGUCCGCAAGAAUUACUCGUAUUUCCGAGUCAAUUAUUUGUCGGUGAUUGGCCUGAUUCUUGCCUUUUCGCUUCUUUCCCAUCCCUUUUCCCUUCUCCUCCUUCUGGGCCUCGUCUGCUCCUGGAUCUUCCUCUACCUUUUCCGCCCCGCUGACCAGCCUCUCGUCGUAUUCGGCCGUACCUUCUCCGACCGCGAGACCCUUGGCAUCCUGAUCAUCUUUAGCGUCUUCGUUGUCUUCCUCACCACGGUUGGAUCUCUUCUCAUUUCCGCUCUCAUGGUUGGAUUCGGUCUCGUCUGUGCUCACGGCGCUUUCAGGGUCCCUGAGGAUCUCUUUUUGGACGAGCAAGAACCAGCAGCCACCGGUUUCUUGUCCUUCCUAGGUGGUGCUGCCUCCAAUGUCGCCGCUGCCGCUGCUCCUGCUGUUGCCACUCGUGUCUGAAUCUGAUCCUGGGUUCCAUCUCUCUGAAUCUUGUUCUCUAGGGUAAUACAAUAUGGCUUCAAUCGUGACUGAUUCAAUUUUUCAAAUUUUUUUAUUACAAAAUAAAUUUCCUAUGGGGGAAUUUCUAGGAUAUUUUCUCUUUUCAUUUUAUGAGUAAGGUUUAUAUUAACAUUGGUGAAAUGUAUAUGGAUCUGGUUUAUUAGAUACUUUAUACCGGUGGAUCCAUUGAGACUCCAUUAUACAAAGUUGUUGUUCCAUUUUUUUUUUUUUUGGCACGGAUCAUGUGUAAAAAUCUUAUUGUUUAUUCUGCAUGCAGUGAAUAUGUGUUUAUGGAAACUUUCAGAGAAUUCUUAGCGCCAGAUCUGUGCAUAGAUCAUGAUUAU